UAGUGUCCUCUACGUGUGAUUCCAAUGGAGAUCCCUUUUCCCUUCUUUCAACUCCUUUUCACCUUCAUCUUCGUCAUCUUGCCCAUCACCUUUAAAAUUCUACAGAAAUAUAAAACAGAAAAACUGCCCCCAGGGCCUCGGAAGCUUCCCCUCGUAGGAAACCUCCACCAGCUUGUUGGCUCCCUACCCCAUCACUCCCUCAGAAACCUCGCAAAAAAAAUAUGGCCCCGUUGUCCACCUACAGCUUGGCCAAGUAUCCACCGUUAUAAUUUCUUCUCCAGAUAUGGCGAAAGAGGUCAUGAAAACCCAUGACAUAAUCUUCGCUUACAGGCCCAAUCUUCUAGCUGGUAGAAUCAUGUCUUACGAUUCAACAAACAUUGCUUUUUCUCCUUACGGCAAUUACUGGAGACAACUACGAAAAAUUUGUAUGAUAGAGCUUUUAAGUCCAAAUCGUGUACAAUCAUUCCGAUCUAUCAGAGAAGACGAAGUAGAAACUCUCAUAAAAACUAUAUCUUCAUCUGCAGGAUCACCCGUCAAUCUUGGAGAGAAGGUUUUCUCAAUGAUUUAUAGCAUAACCGCAAGAGCUGCCUUCGGCGAAAAAUGCAAAGAUCAAGAACAGUUUAUGUCACUUAUCCUGAGAAGUUCAGCGCUAGCUGGAGGUUUCUGCUUAGGUGAUAUGUACCCUUCAGUGAAGGCGCUUCAAGUGAUCAGUGGAAUGAAGCCAAAGCUGGAGAAGCUGCACCAAGAGAUGGAUAAGAUACUUGAUAACAUUCUCAAGGAGCACAGAGAAGAGAAGUUGGCUGCAAAAACAGGGGAUGAAGAGGGAAGAGAAGACCUUGUUGAUAUUCUUUUAAGGUUUCAAGAAAAGGGUGACCUUGAAUUCUCCCUCGCCGACAACAACAUCAAAGCAGUCAUCUUGGUAAUUAGUAUACUACUGGAUUAUAUACUUCACUUCCCAAUAACUACGAAUAUUUCUCCAAACGUCUGAAAAAAACUUACCAUUACUUAGCACACUAAAAAAAUAUAAUAACGGAUAUUCGUGGGAGUUAUUAAUUUUUAU